CUACCUACACCCCCAACCCCAACCCUACCUACAGCCCCAACCAUAACCCCAAACCUACCUACAGCCAAAACCUCAACCCUAAACCUACCUACAGCCCAAAUCCUAACAUCACUUACAGCCCCAAUCCUAACCCUACCUACAGCUCCCACCCUAACCAUAGUCCCUACUCUUAUCCUCACCUCAGCCCUCAAUCCAGCCCCAUACCCCAUCCUAACCAGCCCAGCCCAAGCCCUUCCUAUAUUCCCUACCCUAACCCUAGCCCUAGAUGCAGCCCUCUCUACCUCUCUCCCCCUCUCCACAUGCGUGGGGGGUGGGAGUCAGAGAGGGGGGUAAGUCCAGCCGUCCAGCAGAUGACCACAGAGAGGAGAGGACCACACGUGAACCACCUGAAUCAAUUUAAUCACUUGAACCAUUUGAAUCAAUUGAACCAUCUGAAGCCUCUCUACUCGCCCCCAGCACAGCAGACACAGAUGACAUUGACAGAACAUUUGGGAAACUAUGAGACACCAAACUGCAGGUUGAUGUGUUCUGUGUGUCAGAGGGACUUUAAGAGUCUUCCUGCUCUUAACGGACACAUGCGCUCUCACAGAGGACUCCGAGGACAGCCCGGCAGGUCACAAACAUACAGGACGCAGAAGGAAGGGGUGAUUCCAGGGUCUCCUGUCCCCAUAGUGAUGCCUGUCUCUGUGCCCGUCAGACUCCCUGCCUCCCCAUUUCCAUGCCUGGAAGAGGAGCACCAAGAGGGGGAGGAUGAGGGAAGGAGGGGAUGGAAAGAAAGGAAAAAAGAAAAGAGGAGGGAUCCCCAUCGCCACUCUGCUCUUGUCCUGCCCCGCCAGUCCACUAGGGGUGCUGUGGUGUUCCAGAGUGUUCUGCGUUCAAUUGUUCAACUGACCGAAUACACCCCUCCUCCCAUGCUGAGGCCAGACAGGGAUGGAACUGGGCUAUACUGCUCUCUAACCACAAGUGAUGGUGCCAUGCUAAUGUCCGGGGAGCAUCCAAUGAAGAACAAACCGAGGAUCAACGUGGGGAUUGGAUUUCAGGCUGAUGUCCCACCUCUUCAGGACCAAAGACACUCUCACUCAGACACCCACAAAGCACUGGUGUUGUGGACGCCCUGGGAUGCCCUGGAGAACUCAUCCACACAGCACAGAGUGGAGUGUCUGUUGAUGAUGUCAUGUUCCAGUGUGUGUCCGGGGGGUGGGACUAACUCUGAGUACGCCCUGCACAGCCUAUCCGAGAGCAGAGGAGACUUCCUGGGAACACUGGAGAAGAUGCUCCUUCACCACUGGCCAAUGACAGCCAACUCUCUCUCCUCCUACCACUACGCAGGGAGUGAUACGUGGAGUCCAGUGGAGAAGAGGUUGGUGAAGAAAGCCUUUAUGAUGUACCAGAAGGACUUCCACCGCAUUCAGAAAACAGUGGGGACUAAGUCAGUGUCUCAGUGUGUAGAGUAUUACUACACCUGGAAGAGGAGGCUGCGUCUAAAUGUAAGGACCCCGGUCGGGCUGGCCAGCACACUGCCUGAGGUAAAUGUAAGGACCCCGGUCGGGCUGGCCAGCACACUGCCUGAGGUCUAUCCAUCUCAGCCCACCAUGAAUGGUAAGAUGGGGCUCCACACCAUUUCAACACAGAAUGCCUGCCAACCAAUCCACAGUGGCUCGUCCUGUCCCCGGCUCCAGGUUGGUUCUGCUUGCUGUAGCCCAGCCCUGGGAGAGGUAGAGAGGCCCAGCAAGGCUCACUUUUAUGGGCCGGUCUGUCUGAGGAUGUCCCCCUCUCUAUUCAGCUCCAGUCCCAUACCGAGCAACUCUGCCCCCAGUGCCAAGCUCCACACACAGCCUACCCCUCCAUACCCCUGUAGGGCGUGUGCCAAGGUGUUCUCUAAAGUGAAGAGUCGUAAUGCUCACAUGAAGACACAUCGCCGCCAUGAAGACACAUCGCCAUGAAGACACAUCGCCAUGAAGACACAUCGCCAUGAAGACACAUCGCCAUGAAGACACAUCGCCAUGAAGACACAUCGCCAUGAAGACACAUCGUCAUGAAGACACAUCACCAUGAAGAAACAUCAGGAGGAGCUGCACUGACCCUAAACCCUAAACCCUAGACCAGCACUGACCCUAAACCCUAGACCUGCCCUGACCCUAAAUCCUAGACCAGCACUGACCCUAAACCCUAGACCUGCCCUGACCCUAAAUCCUAGACCAGCACUGACCCUAAACCCUUAACCCUAGACCAGCACUGACCCUAAACCCUACACCCUAGACCGGCACUGACCCUAAACCCUACAUCCUAGACCGGCACUGACCCUAAACCCUAGACCAGCACUGACUCUAAACCCUAAACCCUACACCAGCACUGACCCUAAACCCUUAACCCUAGACCAGCACUGACCCUAAACCCUACACCCUAGACCGGCACUGACCCUAAACCCUAGACCAGCACUGACCCUAAACCCUACACCCGACACCAGCACUGACCCUAAACCCUACACCCUAGACCGGCACUGACCCUAAACCCUAGACCAGCACUGACUCUAAACCCUAGACUAGCACUGACUCUAAACCCUAAACCCCAAACCCUACACCAGCACUGACCCUAAACCCUAAACCCCAAACCCUACACCAGCACUGACCCUAAACCCUAAACCAGCACCGACCCUAAACCCUACACCAGCACUGACCCUAAACCCUAGACUAGCACUGACUCUAAACCCUAAACCCUACACCAGCACUGACCCUAAACCCUAGACCAGCACUGACCCUAAACCCUACACCAGCACUGACCCUAAACCCUACACCAGCACUGACCUUAAACCAUCAGGACAAGCCCUCUACUGCCCUCUACUGUCCAACUACCUAGAUCCCCAUACAGGGUCGGAUACCUUUUGAACGACUGGGGCCAAAGUACGGUACAGGGCCUGGUUUCCCCAAAACCAUCUUAAGACUAUGUUCACUGCUAGAACCUUCGUAGGAGCAUUGUUACAUCUUCAAAACCCAUCGUAAAUAACGUCGCACUUAACGAAAACGCUCGUAAUCUAAACGGACCACACGUAGAACAUUUUGUUUUGUUGCCCUCCCCAUAGCCACUUCAUAUGUGUACAUCUCUCCGGAAUAGGAAAAAUAUUAUUUAGCAUUUUCUCCAGUUAAGUUCAAUUAUAUUAUUAUAUAUUACUAAAAUAUCGUAUGAUAUAAAAUAAAGUACAUCUUGCCUGCUAAAUGAACAAGCCCUUACGGCCUAUAGAAUGGCUCAUAGCCAGGUAACGUACAGUAGGCCAACUCAUACCGUUUUUCUGAAAUACAUUUUCUUCAUAAUGUUUCUUUUGAGCUGCCUAAAUUAAAUAAUGGAUUGAUUGUGAUGGUGUAGGCUAUAUUACUUUGAUUUAUUUAGACAUUUUUUCUUCUUUUAAAUUUAGAUGUGGAGGCCUGGAGCUAAACGUGUUUAUGUUAAUUAACGUGAGACCCGGCAGACUGUUGCAUGACAAUAACCGUCUGACAAAAUGUCAUGACCGCCACAGCUCUAGGAACGAUGCAUCGCUAUAAACAUCUGUAAGCCUUAAGUUCCAUUAUUGCUAUUGGGAAACCGUACCCAGGUCAAUGUGAGCCUAUCAUUUCCUAUCAGUUUAUAUCGGAUUCUAUCUGUUUUAUAUAUGAGAGCUGAUCUGAUUGGUCAAAAUACCAAUUAGUGGAAUAAGAUCAGGCAUGAGAGCUGAUCUGAUUGGUCAAAAUACCAAUUAGUGGAAUAAGAUCAGGCAUGAGAGCUGAUCUGAUUGGUCAAAAUACCAAUUAGUGGAAUAAGAUCAGGCAUGAGAGCUGAUCUGAUUGGUCAAAAUACCAAUUAGUGGAAUAAGAUCAGGCAUGAGAGCUGAUCUGAUUGGUCAAAAUACCAAUUAGUGGAAUAAGAUCAGGCAUGAGAGCUGAUCUGAUUGGUCAAAAUACCAAUUAGUGGAAUAAGAUCAGGCUCAUUAAUGUUCCAUGUGGUAUUGCCCAUGAUCAUCCCUAGCGUCGGUUCUAAGUAACAAUGGCAACAUGAAAAUAGAGCUCUUGAAGGAAAGAGAGAUAUGUAGUCAGUUGUACAACUAAAUGUCUUCAACUGAAAUGUGUCUUCCUCAUUUAACCCAACCCCUCUGAAUCAGAGAGGUGCGGGGGGCGGGGGGGGGGGGGGGGGGGCUGCCGUAAUCCACAUCCACGGCCUUCAGUCCAUCCACGCACGCCAGUGGUGGGUUUGGCGUGACAAAAAAAAAAGAAGAAACUGUAUAUGCCUCAUUCCUACUGUACAAUAUGGUGGUGGAUCUUUGAUGUUAAAUGGCUAUUUUGUUUCCACUGAUCCUGGUGCCCUUGAUAAGGUCAACGGCAUCAUGAACUUUAACAAGUACCAGUACCAUUUUUUUUGCCAAAAUCUAGAUGCCUUUUGCCAGGAUAAUAAAUUAUAUUAUAAAACAUUUGAGAAAAAGGUAUCUAGUGGCCAAAAUCUAAAUUGCACCUGGGCUGGAAUAAUACAUUACGGCCUUUCUCCUGCAUUUCAAAGAUGAAGGUACAAAAUAUAUUUAAAAAAAGCCUGUUUCUUCUUUGUAUUAUCUUUUACCAGAUCUACUGUGUUAUAUUCUCCUACAUUCCUUUCACAUUUCCACAAACUUCAAAGUGUUUCCUUUCAAAUGGUAUCAAUAAUAUGCAUAUCCUUGCUUCAGGGCCUGAGCUACAGGCAGUUAGAUUUGGGUAUUUCAUAUUUUUUUUUAAAGGGUCCGAUCCUUAAGAGGAUAAAACAUUUUAGAAAAAGGCUCAGUGCUGUUAUCUUCACAAGGCGAGGUAUUCGAAAGAUAUUGAAAACAGGGCUACCAAUCAUUUUUACCCCUAUCUUAUUACCUAUCUUUUUACCUAUCUUUUUACCUAUCUUAUUACCUAUCUUAUUACCUAUCUUUUUACCUAUCUUUUUACCUAUCUUAUUACCUAUCUUAUUACCUAUCUUAUUACCUAUCUUAUUACCUAUCUUAUUACCUAUCUUUUUACCUAUCUUAUUACCUAUCUUAUUACCUAUCUUAUUACCUAUCUUAUUACCUAUCUUAUUACCUAUCUUUUUACCUAUCUUUUUACCUAUCUUAUUACCUAUCUUUUUACCUAUCUUAUUACCUAUCUUAUUACCUAUCUUUUUACCUAUCUUAUUACCUAUCUUAUUACCUAUCUUAUUACCUAUCUUAUUACCUAUCUUAUUACCUAUCUUAUUACCUAUCUUAUUACCUAUCUUAUUACCUAUCUUAUUACCUAUCUUAUUACCUAUCUUAUUACCUAUCUUAUUACCUAUCUUAUUACCUAUCUUAUUACCUAUCUUAUUACCUAUCUUAUUACCUAUCUUAUUACCUAUCUUUUUGAGAAAAAAAAUCUAUUUCUCUGAGCAAUUCUAUCAAUAUAAAUAAUUUUUCCAAUUGUUUUGAGCGUACUAUAUAGCUCAGUAUUUGUAUUAUUUAUUUGAAUUUUAAUUAAAAACAUUUUGCUCAUCUUUA